AUGUUAUUGAAGGAAACGACGACAUCUCAGCCAACGACCCCUCCAAGCACUACGAAAACUUUGAUUAAGCAAUCGACAACUAACGCACCAAUUACAUCUACAACCCAAGCACCAGUCUUACAAGGAGCUCGACGCACUGAAUUUGAAGUUGCUAAAUUAUUAUACAGAAGGUUGCUUAAGAACUAUGAUCACAGAGUAAGACCAAUCCAGAAUCAAACACACCCAGUGUACGUGAAUACCAAGUUUGUACCGCUUACUUUGAUUGACUUUGACACGUACGAGCAAAGGUUUUCUAUGUUAGGCUACUUCAAAAUCCGUUGGACGGAUGAGCAGAUGAUGUGGCGACCUAGAUACAAUAGGUACAUAGACAACGUGAGAGUCGCUACUGCAGAACUCUGGACUCCAAAUGUCGUCAUUCACAAGUCCUUUGACGGGCACGGGGGCGUCGGCAGCCCUGAAACUGAUAUUUUGAGGAUUUCUUGGAACGGAUUUGUCCAGUGGGUCCCAGACGCUACAUACUCAGUCGUGUGUGACGUCGAUAUACAGUAUUUUCCCUUUGAUGAACAAACAUGUACGAUAACGUACUACGCUGCUGAUGAAACGGUGGACACUGUAGAACUUGACCAUUACCUUGGUACCGACAUGUCUGAGUAUUCAGAAAAUCCUUCCUGGCUCAUUGUGGGAGCCUUCCGCAAGCGAUAUGUCAAGAACAAUAAUUGGCACAUAGAUGUAGAGUUCCGCCUUCAGAGGCGUGCCAACUUUGCGACGUUUACGUUGAUCACUCCUCUGAUGAUGUUGGCUUUCCUGAACAUAUGUGUCUUUCUUGUGCCAGUUAAUUCGGGUGAGAAAGGGUCUUUCUCGGUUACGAUAUUCUUAUCCUACGGAAUCUUCUUUACGGUGAUCAGUGACACACUUCUCCAAAACUCUUUGCAAAUUUCUUUUUUUGUCCUGCUUAUUGUCGUAUUGCUUUGUCUAAGUGUGAUCUCAGUCUUCUACACAGUUAUUCAAGCAAAGCUCGUUUCAGCAAUUGGCUCCAAGCAAUGUCCUAUCACAUGCCUCCGCAAACUACAACGGCUGAAUGUCGUCAAGGUAACACCCAUUGAACACUACAUUGAGACUGGCAAACAUGAUCCCGAGGAUGAGUCCUACACAUGGAAAGAUUUUCUUGAACAGCUUGACACAUUUCUCUUCGUUUCAUUUCUGAUCAGUAUUCUCUUGAUUAUUGCUAUAUUUUUCUCCAUCCUUAUGCGUCACGUUGCAACCGGCGAUAACACGUUUGAUACCGACCCCGUAACGACCACGCGGACAACUCCAAUCACAACUUUGCUUCGAUAA